AGAAAAAAGGAAAUUUCAAAACCUUUUCAAACAUAUCAAAUACAAAAGGACGCAGACGUUGCAGGCCAUACCCAAAGCCCACAGAUCAUUCCUUUUUUGGCUUUUGAAUUUCCUCGAGAAAAUCUGAGUUUUCUAAUCCAAAGCGCAAUAUUUUGAAGAAUUUAUGAUGAAAUUAUCAAAAUUUGUAGCUUUGCUUUUGUUGCUUGCUUUAGUUUCGAUUCAAUCUGGAGCUUCGAUUCGAUCGCAGAAGACUGAGCAGGCGUAUGUGACGUUAUUGUAUGGAGAUGAAUUCUUGCUGGGAGUUAGGGUUUUGGGGAAGUCGAUUAGGGACACUGGAUCGAAUAAGGACAUGGUGGUUUUGGUCUCUGAUGGUGUCUCUGAUUACGCCAUGAAGCUUCUUGAGGCUGACGGUUGGAUAGUGGAGAAGAUUAGCUUGUUGGCAAACCCUAAUCAAGUGCGGCCAAAGAGGUUUUGGGGUGUAUAUACCAAGCUUAAAAUCUUUAAUAUGACUAGCUACAAGAAAGUUGUAUAUCUCGAUGCGGACACUAUUGUGGUCAAAAGCAUCGAGGACCUAUUUAAAUGUGGAAAGUUCUGUGCAAACCUGAAGCAUUCUGAGAGGUUGAAUUCAGGAGUCAUGGUAGUGGAACCUUCUCAAUCAGUUUUCAAUGACAUGAUGAGCAAAGUGAACACUUUGCACUCUUACACUGGAGGAGAUCAGGGGUUUCUGAACUCAUACUACUCUGACUUUCCCAAUGCACAUGUUUUCCAGCCUAAUUUACCCCAGGAAGUGUUGAAUUCUAGACCUGUUCCUGAUAUGGAGCGACUCUCUACUCUAUAUAAUGCAGAUGUUGGUCUCUACAUGCUGGCUAACAAGUGGAUGGUAAAUGAGUCUCAACUUCAUGUUAUUCACUAUACGCUUGGCCCCCUUAAACCUUGGGACUGGUGGACAUCUUGGCUUUUGAAACCUGUUGAUGUUUGGCAGGCUGCCAGGGAACAGCUUGAGGAAUCCCUUCCUGGAACUGGAGGUGGCAGAAAUCCAAAUGAUGAAUUGCUUGUCAAGUUUCUUUUCAUGUUACCUUUAUGUGCUGUACUUUUCAGUUAUUAUCGAUCAUUUCUUCAGACACGGGCAUUUUGCAGAAGUUCACUAUGUGAUCAUAUGAGACAUCUCUAUUACAGAAUUAGGUCUAAUGGAUAUGCUGGUGUUUCUUCAUCAUCUACCUUCAAUUCAGCCAAUCAUGUGCCUGGCUAUUUGGGUGGACUUUCCAUCAUUGUGUGUUUUGUGGCUGCUUUGGUCUCCCUUGCAUGUGGCCUCGCAAUUGUGCCUCGUCAAGUGAUGCCUUGGACUGGUGUAAUCUUAAUGUAUGAGUGGACGUUCACAAUCUUCUUCCUUUUAUUUGGAGGCUUUCUCCAUUUGACCUAUCUUUGGGGAAAGAUGACAGCCACUCAAGUAUCAGUUGCCUCUCAUCCUGAAUCUCUUGAUGAUUACUCUGGGAAAGGCCAUCUGCGGCAAGGAUCAUCUUGCGAUCUUGCUGCUUGGUAUUAUGGGUUAGGAAUGGCAUUUUUGGCUAUUGCUGCCCCAGCUUUACCAUGCAUCUUUGGGAUUACUGCCCUGUUUUUGAGGUUAGGCUUGGUGGUCGCUGGAGGCAUUGUUUUGGCAUCUUUCAUGACAUACGCUGCCGAGCACCUUGGAAUCAGAUCAUUUUUGAAGGGUUUUGAAGAUCGGGACACGACACGAACAAGGAGUAUAUGCAUCUGAUGUUGAAAGCCAUCUUAAAGGUGUAUUUGUAAUUUAUUUAGCAUUAAUUAAUUGGGAUUUGAUUUGUAAGUCAGAAAUGCCUUUAUUCAAAGGGUUUUUGUUAUAAUAUUCUUUGAGGAACAUGUUUUAAUCA